AUGAAAAAAAAUAUUCUAAUUUUGAUUUUAAUUAUUUCAGCUCUGGGUUGUGCUGUAUCAAAAUAAAUUACUGUUCCUCUCAGGUUAAGCAAGAGUAAAUCACUUUAAGUUAGAUCUAACUAUAGUACUGCUAAGUGUUAAGUUGAUUUUUUUAUUUCAAUUAAUUAUUGCAAUAACUCUAUUGAAAACUCCAAAGAAGUGCUAGAAAAGUGUGGAUCCAAGUACGUUGAAAAUAAUGCAAAUUAAAAGGGUUAUGAUUAUAAAUCUAAAUUUUUGCUUGGAGACAAAUCCUAUGAAUUGACUGUAACUUCACCUCAUACAGAUAAAUCUCCAUUUUAUUUUAUGGAUAUAGCAUUUUAUGCCUAGAAAUUGUUUAUAACAUUGAAUAGCACAGCUCCUUCUUCAGAUAAUUAAAUCAUAGGAUAACUCGAUUUUGGUACUCCUGAUAUAUCUAUAGCUUCAAUAAAUAACUUUGUGUAAAUAAAAUACUAAUAUAGUGUAGUAUCUUAUAAAGCAACUUCUAAAAAUUAUUUUAACUAUGGUUAAGAAUAGAUUUAAAGUGAUGACACUAUUUACUUUAAUUUAGAUUCUGCAUUUACUGGUAUCUCUAUAGAAUCUUUCUAAAAACUAUUAUCUUUGUUAGAAUAAUAAGAUGUUGCUUAUGAAUUCAUAACAGAAAAAAAUGCUCUAUUUGUGAAUUCUGUUGAUAAAUUAUAAGCUUUAUAAUUUGUUUUAUCCUAAAAAGAUGAUAGACCCUACAUUUUAACCAUCAACCCAACCUAAUAUACUAAGAAAUUAAGUGAAAACAAAUUCUAAAUAAUGAUUUAGCCUAUAUACACAAAAGGAUUUUCAUUUUUAGGAUAUAAUGUGUUAGAAUCAUACUACGUUGGUUUUGAUUUAUCUACAAAGUCAGUAUUAAUUACAGAAAAGAAAUAAGUUUUAUCUGAGAAAUAUUGA